CUUGGAAGAUUUAGCUAAAACAUAAAUUAGGGCCGCAAACUGCACAUCCCAUAACAAAAUCAAUCUGAGUUUUGUGAAAUCAAAACCAUUUUCAUUCAAAUAAAUAAAUAAUUCUCUAUGCCAUUCUCAAUCUCAAUCAAACCCUCCGCCGAACUUACACCCUUAAUCCCCAAAUUUCCUCCAAAUUUCCGAUUGUCUUCUCCCAAUUCCACCACUACCACCGCCACCGUCUCUAUGAGGGGCCUCAUCUCUAGCGCCAAACUCUUUGCCAACGCCGCCAUUAGGAACAAAAUUCCCUUGUUGUCGAACCCGUCGAUGAGGGCCACUCGUGCUUACAGUCUGAUUCCAAUGGUGAUAGAGCACUCUUCUCGCGGAGAGAGAGCUUACGAUAUCUUCUCCAGGCUUCUAAAGGAGCGAAUUGUUUGCAUCAAUGGUCCAAUUAACGAUGACACGGCUCAUGUCGUGGUUGCUCAGCUUCUCUUUCUCGAGUCUGAGAACCCUUCCAAACCCAUCUACAUGUACCUCAAUUCCCCCGGCGGCCAAGUCACUGCUGGUCUUGCUAUUUAUGAUACAAUGCAGUAUAUAAGGUCUCCAAUCAAUACCAUCUGUUUAGGUCAAGCUGCAUCCAUGGCUUCUCUGCUUUUGGCUGCAGGCACCAAGGGUGAGAGGAAGUCACUUCCUAAUGCAACUAUUAUGAUUCACCAGCCAUCAGGUGGGUACAGUGGGCAGGCGAAGGACAUGACCAUUCACACCAAGCAGAUAGUUCGAGUUUGGGAUUCACUCAAUCAAUUAUACUCAAAGCAUACAGGGCAAUCAAUAGAUGUAAUUCAGAAGAAUAUGGAUAGAGAUUAUUUUAUGACCCCAGAAGAGGCAAAGGACUUUGGAAUUAUUGAUGAAGUGAUUGAUCAAAGGCCAAUGGCGCUGGUGACUGAUGCUGUUGGUGAUGAAGGUAAACAAAAGGAUUCCAAAUAGAAUUAGAGGGUGAGAUCCUAGUGGGAAAGUUUCCCUGUUUUGAAUUUUGCAUCGACUUUUCUUGAUCAAUCUAUCUGAUUACUAAAUAUCUGGAUUUUGUUGAUUACCAGACAUUAUGUCUGGUUGUUUAUGGGAUAUCAUGUUAUUUAUUUCCUUGCGGAAUUAAUAUUUCAUAGGGCUUGUUAUGCAUUUGGUGACUCGUCGUAUCGACUAUACCCAUUCAUCUUGCAUGGAAAUAUUAUGUAAGUCAUUAUGAAAUCAUUUCAUAUAUUCAUACAACUUUCUUUUUCUUUUGCA